AUGUCAACAGCCCAAGGCCCAUGCCAACACCCCAAGGCCCAUGUCAACAUCCCCAACACCCCAAGGCCCAUGUCAACGCCCCAAGGCCCAUGUCAACACCCCCAACACCCCAAGGCCCAUGUCAACGCCCCAAGGCCCAUGUCAACACCCCCAACACCCCAAGGCCCAUGUCAACGCCCCAAGGCCCAUGUCAACGCCCCAAGGCCCAAGUCAACGCCCCAAGGCCCAAGUCAACACCCCAAGGCCCAUGUCAACGCCCCAAGGCCCAUGUCAACGCCCAAAGGCCCAUGUCAACGCCCCAAGGCCCAAGUCAACACCCCAAGGCCUAUGUCAACGCCCCAAGGCCUAUGUCAAUGGUGA